CAAUCUGCAGAUCUACCUGAAGGUGCUGAGAGUCAGUCAGUGUGUUCAACAGUGAUCUGAGAGAACGCUGAGAUGCUGAGGAUCCUCUUAACUGUGUUGGUGCUCUUUGGGCAUCAAAUUGCUGCAGAAGAUUUAGAACAAAAGGCGAUCAAUCUCUGUGAUGGGAUAGACUGUCCAGAGCCAGUACAAGUCAUUCAGGACAAGAAUUAUAAAGAGAUGCAAUAUAAACACGUCCAAUGGAUUGAAACAAAGGUUGAUGGAAUGGGUCUGCAGGAAGCAGAGGAGAUCGGAUUGAAAACGCUUCUCAGUUAUGCAGCUUUUCACAAUGCUGAAGAAACAAUUGUUCCUGUCACUGCCCCUUGGGGAAUUAGCGGAUACAUCGAAAAUGGAAUAAUUUUACAGAACCAUGAUGUCUUUGUGAAUGUAGUUCCUCAAGUCAAGAGUUUUCCUGCACCUACAGAUCCAAAGGUUAAAUUUGGAAACAUAUCUGCUGGUUGGUACUUUGUCAGGGCAGUGGAUGGGAAACUGGAGGAUAAACAAUAUGAAGAACAUGUGCUUGAAUUCCUGAAGGACUUGGAAGAGGACAACCAACCCUUUGAGCCAAGAUUUUUUGCUCUUAAUUUCUACAGCAGAAGUGGGCUAAUGGAAAUAGCUUUUGCUAAAACUUCCAAAUGAUUUCUUUUCUGUGACGUUCUGUUACCUUUACAGACGUAUAAAAGUAAAAUGUGCUCAGCUCUGUCUUAAACUACUUUAA